GGUGUGUAACUGACAGCUGCAUUAUCCAACCAGAUAAGUAAGGUUAUUCUGUUUAUGAAUGCGGACGGUGAGUGAUGUAGAGAGAAGAAGCAGAUGUGUAUGUGGCAAGAAGCCGACUUGCUUAUACAUGAUCAAAGCAGGGAAGUAACUGCGGCGGAAGCGGAUGACUGUUGGUUGUGUAGGGGGCGCUCUGGAACAUUGACUGAAUGUACUACUGAAAACAUGAAGAUAAGAAAAACAAUUGAAAUAUUAAACUGGCACAGCAGGAAAUAAGCUUCACUUUAAAGCUUGAGGUCACUAUAAAAUAGAUACAAAGAGGAGAAUAUGGAAGUUCAGCAGUUACAGGACGUGAUCCUCACAACACCAGCUCCUGACAAUAACCAUGUUUUUUACAAGGAAAACCUCAUUGGAACCCUGCUUGCCAUAUUUGGACAUUUUGUUAUCAGUAUUGCAUUGAACCUACAGAAAUAUAGUCAUAUUCGACUGGCUGGUUUGAAAGAUCCUCGUUCCUACUUCAAGACAAAAACGUGGUGGUUUGGUCUUCUUUUGAUGAUACUUGGAGAGAUUAUGGUGUUUUCAUCCUAUGCCUUUGCGCCCCUUUCUCUUAUCGUGCCACUCAGUGCAGUCUCUCUCAUAGCUAGCUCACUUAUAGGUAUUAUAUUUAUUAAAGAGAAAUGGAAACCGAAGGAAUUCUUUAGACGUUAUAUUUUGUCCUUUGUAGGUUGUGGUUUAACUAUCAUUGGUAUCUACUUGUUGGUCACAUUUGGGCCCAACAGUCACGAGAAGAUGACUGGAGACGUUAUCGUCAGGCAUUUAGUUAGCUGGCCUUAUUUAGUCUAUACGCUGGUGGAAAUUUUAGCUUUCUGUAGCUUAUUGUACUUCUACAAACAAAAGAAUGCCAAUUACAUGAUUGUUAUCUUGCUGCUGGUAGCGCUCUUAGGCUCAACUACAGUGGUGUCUGUAAAGGCAGUAGCUGGUAUGAUCAUUGUUUCAAUACAAGGCUCCAUGCAGUUAGGAUACCCCAUCUUCUAUGUCAUGUUUGUGUGUAUGGUGGCUACAGCGAUUGCACAAGCAUCAUAUCUGAGCCAAGCAUCUCAGCUUUAUGACUCUGCUUUGAUUUCAAGUGUCAACUACAUUGUGUCCACAAGUAUAGCUAUUUGUGCAGGUGCAAUAUUUUACGUGGACUUCUAUGGUGAAGAUGUGCUUCACUUGUGUAUGUUUUCUUUGGGAAUCCUUCUUGCCUUCCUCGGGGCCUUCCUUAUUACAAGAACUAAGAAGAAAAAGAAAACAUUUGAACCCUACGUCACAAUGAGUUCAUUGUCAGGACUACAAUCAAUGCAUGACAAUGGCAAUGCUAUUCAGCCUGAUUUUGGUUCAUUUUCCUAUGGAACCCUGCAGAACAAUGACAGCUUUUCAGAAAUCUACACACCAGCUACCUUACCAGUUGUUACUGAAGAAGCAUCUCCUGCAACGCAGGAUCACAAUAAGACUGAAUAGAAGCACAUGCAUCUGCCAGUAAUGAACUGGAUGUGAGAUGUUCCUUAAAUACAGUUGUUCUCCAUGUCCCUAAAACAGAGUUACAACUUCUAUUUUGAAUCUUUACUGUUUGAAAAUAAUUUUACACUGUUGUGGAAACAAUGAGGACAGGAGCAAGAAGAAUUACAGUUCAGUCCCAAGUCACUCUUUCCUAUGUGUCUGUUAAAGACUCUUAAAAUAUGAGCCGGCUCUAAUACAAGAUACAUAAAAGUUUCUAGGGUUGGCUUCUUGCAGGGUCACAAUUUGCACUAGACUUGGGAAAGAUACAUUUAUAGGCAAUGACUGCUGCUUCCUUCACAUGAGAUGGUUUUAAAAGCACAUACCAAUAAAAAGGUCCUAUACAACAGCUCCUACAGGAUCCUUUGAAGAAACGUGGAUGGACUAGAGUUAGUACUAAUUUAUUUUCAUAGUCUUAAAAAGUAUAUAGCCUUUAGAACUCAAACCUGCCCCUGUCUUUACCAGCAUUGUAUAUUUGGUGAAAACCUGCAGAAAAAAAGUGAAGAAUUAACUGGAUAGAAAAUUCUGACUGUGCUGGUGUGGGGUAUUCACCAAAGGUACUGUUGACCCAGAGGACAGCUUUAAGAACCUGCAAGUCUUCAGUCUCUAAAUCCCUUAACUCGGUUACCAAAGAGUUAAAUAUUGUGUUGCUGUGUGACAUGUUGCUGGCUAUUACCAUUUCGGUUUUCAAGACUGUAAAGCAUUUUGGUAAUGCUAUGUAAGAAUUGAAUGUUAACUUAAAUGGGCGGAAAAAGGGAUAUCUGACAUUGUGCCUAAAUAAUUUCAGACUGUUCUUGAAUUUGAAAAUACAGAUCUUUUGUGUUUUUAUUACUAA